GUCAAAAUAUUUUGAGGGAUACCACGUGCAGUACAGUGCUGUACCAUUAAAUCGAAUAUUUAUCAGCUAAAAUAACAUUCGUUUUCGAUGGUUGAGGCAAUCAAUGGCAACGUCCAAGAGGACAUCCCCGCUUUACGGCUGCUCGUUGAGAUGAACAACAAUGUUAAUCAAGUUACCGAUUUGGUUGAAACUAUGAUACAGAAAGUGAAGAGCGGAGAAGUCAAUACGGAACAUGGCAUCAGUUUCUUGACGGUGAAAUAUCAGAUGCUGCUCAACUAUCUAAUUAAUCUGACGUACGUGGUGCUGAGGAAAAGCUCAGGACGGACAAUUGAAAAGGAUCCGGCCAUCGAUCGAUUGAUUGAAAUCCGAACGGUACUGGAGAAGAUACGGCCGAUAGACUACAAACUGAGGUACCAAAUCGACAAGAUAGUAAAGACCGCAGUUACUGGCACCAGCAACGCUCUCGAUCCCAAUUCGUUCAAGGCCAAUCCGGGUAAUCUAAUGUCACAAGCGAUGAGUGACGAUGACAACAGUUCGGAUACUGACGAUGACGAAGAGACCGGCAAAACGACGAAAGCAGCUCGCAAUAAGUCAAAAGGCGUAAAUAAAAGCGCUGUCUACGUCCCUCCGAAGUUAAGUGCCGUUCAUUACGAUGCAGAUGAUACCAAAGGCGAACGACAACGUAAACAAAUGGAACGAGCCAAGAAACGUGCAUUCAGUUCGUCGAUCAUCCAGGAUUUGAAAGAGGAAUAUUUGGACAUUCCAACGGAAGAGUCGGCUGGUACGAGAGCGCAGAAGAUUUUGUCCAAAUCGCAAAAGGAGAAGGAGGAGUACGAGGAGACAUAUCUAACCCGGUUGCCUGUUACCAAAGCGGAAAAGCAUCGACACAACAAGUUAACCACUUUGGGUACUUUGGGUGAUGAAGUUACUAAUUUCGGCGGCGCAAAGCCAAGUCAAUCGAAAGGCAAGAAACGGAAACAGACGCCGAAAAAGAAAGGAGGAACAAAGAAGAGAAGAUUUGUUUGAUAUUUUGGUUCAAAAAUAUAAAUUUUGUGUUUUAUAAAACC